AUGACCAGUGUAUCUUCGACAUUAGCUACCACCAGCACUUCCAAAUUGAUCACCCUUGCCGCAGGGUGCUUCUGGGGUGUAGAGAAGGUGUUCCGUAAGCAAUUUGGUGGAAAAGGAUUGAUUGACAUCAAGGUUGGAUAUGCCAAUGGCAUCCCCACAAUCGGCAAUGUGAAUUAUGAAAAAGUAUGCAGUGGGUCUACAGAGUUUGUGGAGGCUGUACAGCUCUCUUAUGAGCCAGAGAAUCUUCAAUUGGAGGCUAUUUUGGACAUUUUCUUCAGAAUGCACGAUCCUACCACCGUCAAUUCUCAGGGUCCUGACAAGGGAACCCAAUAUAGAUCUGCGAUUAUGACUCAUGAUGACAAGGAUAACAAAGUGGCAUGGGAAAUCAAGCAAAAAAUGCAAGCGGAAUGGUACCCUGGACACCAAAUCGUCACUAUUAUUGAGCCCAUCAAGGUGUGGCAUGAUGCUGAAAACUACCACCAACAGUAUUUGGCAAAAAACCCAGGAGGAUACGACUGUCCCACACACUUUAUAAGGACGAAGCCCAAGGCAUGA